AUGCUGCCCACUAGUUCAUCCCAUGUUGGUGAGGACUUGGAUGGUGAGGACAUGGAUGGAGAGGACGAAGAGGACAUGGAUGGCAGCUACAUGGAAGGAGAGGACACGGAAGAUGACAUGUAUGAAGAGGACAAAGGGGACGAAGAGGACAGGGAUGAAGAGGACAUUGACGACAACAAUGGGGGCAGCAAUGUUGGAUCAUAUAUCGAUGACUUCUGUGAUUUGGGAUAUAUAUGGUAA